UUAGCCCCCGCCUGCCCUUUUUCCGUGGAGCUCCGUUCCCCCCAGCUGCACGCAGCCUUCCCCGCAAGCUGCGGUUCGGGGUUCCUGGGGCGGGGAUAGCGCGCUUCUCCCGGCGCGAGCCGAUCCUGCUGGGCCAACCCGCCGGCGCGGCCGGGGUCCCGCUCCCCUCAGGGCCCGGCCUGGCCGCUGAGGCGGGCCGUGCGCGGUCCGGGGCGGUGCUUGUGGAGCCGGGCAGGGCCGGGCACCCGCCCCUGGGGCGGGCGCGGCGGCGGCGGCGGGGCCGGGCGAGGCCGAAGGCGAAGGCAGAGCGGCCCGGGAGCGGCGGCAGCCGGCGGGCAGGCCAUGGUGGGCCUCAAGGAGGAGCUGCUGAAGGCCAUCUGGCACGCCUUCACCGCGCUCGACCUCGACCGCAGCGGGAAGGUCUCCAAGUCCCAGCUCAAGGUCCUUUCUCACAACUUGUGCACAGUUUUAAAUGUUCCCCACGAUCCAGUGGCCUUGGAAGAGCACUUUAGGGACGAUGAUGAAGGACCAGUUUCCAAUCAGGGUUACAUGCCUUAUCUAAACAAAUUCAUCUUGGAAAAGGUGCAAGGAAACUUUGACAAAGUUGAAUUCAACAGGAUGUGCUGGACUCUCUGUGCUAAAAAGAGCCUCUCUAAAAGUCCUUUGCUGAUUAGUGAUGAAGAUGCAUUUAAAGUGUGGGUUAUUUUUAACUUCUUAUCAGAGGACAAAUACCCUUUAAUCAUUGUACCUGAGGAGAUUGAAUAUUUACUUAAAAAACUCACCGAAGCAAUGGGAGCAGGCUGGCAGCAAGAGCAGUUUGACCAUUAUAAGAUUGCUCUCAAUACUAGUCGAGAAGGUCUUUCUGCAUGGGAGCUGAUCGAUCUCAUCGGAAGUGGGCAGUUUAGUAAAGGAAUGGACCGACAGACCGUGUCCAUGGCGAUCAAUGAAGUCUUUAAUGAGCUCAUAUUAGAUGUACUCAAACAGGGCUACAUGUUGAAAAAAGGUCACAAAAGGAAAAAUUGGAUGGAACGAUGGUUUGUGUUAAAACCCAAUAUUAUUUCCUAUUAUGUAAGUGAAGAUUUAAAGGACAAGAAGGGAGACAUCAUACUGGAUGGCAACUGUUGUGUGGAGGCCUUGCCUGACAAAGAUGGAAAGAAAUGCCUUUUUCUCAUAAGAUGUCUUGAUAAAAGCUUCGAGAUCAGUGCCUCUGAUAAGAAGAAGAAGCAGGAGUGGAUUCAAGCCAUACAGACCACUGUAAACUUGCUGAGAGCGGGGAGCCCUCCGCCCCACAAAGAAGCACGCCAAAAACGAAAAGAAUUGCGCCAGAAGCUUUUAGCCGAGCAAGAAGAGCUGGAGCGGCAGAUGAAAGAACUGCAAACGGCCAACGAGAACAAGCAGAAGGAACUGGAGACCGUGCGAAAGCAACUGGAAGCAGCAGCUGCUCGUGCUGCUGAGGAAGAGAAGAAAAGACUUCAGACUCAAGUUGAAUUACAAGAUCGCUUCAGUUUGGAGCUGGAGAGAGAAAAAAUGGUAAGACAAAAAAUGGAAGAGCAGGUUGCUCAGAAGUCAUCUGAACUGGAACAGUAUUUACAGAGAGUACGUGAACUGGAAGAAAUGUAUAAACAGCUACAGGAAGCUUUGGAGGACGAGAAACAGGCACGUCAAGAUGAAGAGACUGUAAGGAAACUUCAGGCCAGAUUACUGGAGGAGGAGUCAGCAAAGAGAGCUGAACUGGAAAAAUGGCACUUGCAGCAGCAACAGACCAUUCAGAUGACAGAAGCAGAGAAGCAAGAGCUAGAAAACCAGAGAAUGAUAAAGGAAAAGGCUCUUCAAGUUGCUAUGGAGCAACUGGAACAACUCGAACUGGAAAGGAAGCAGGCCCUUGAGCAAUACGAGGAGGUUAAGAAGAAGUUGGAAAUGGCAGCCAAUAACACCAAGAGUUGGAAAGAUAAAGUAGCUCAUCAUGAGGGAUUAAUUCGACUAAUAGAGCCAGGCUCCAAAAAUCCUCACCUAAUCACCAACUGGGGCCCGGCUGCCUUCACUGAAGCUGAACUCGAGCAAAGACAGAAGAGCUGGAAAGGGAAAAAAGCCACUUCUGAGUAACGACAGUAGCUGACGUAUCGUUUCCGAACAGAAGCCCACUUCACUCUGCUUUGCACAAAGCAGCUUCUCGCUUAUAAAGAUCUUAGUUUGCUCAGCAGGUUGGGCCUUUCUACAAAGGAAAUACUGUUUACCACAUAGAAGUGGCUACUCAGAGCUCAGUAAUUACAAUAUGUGGUGUCUGACAGUACUUGCUGUUUUCCCUCGUGUGUCCCGGAAUUCUGUUGUUUUAUACAAAACUCUUCAACUGAAGAUUUCUGUUUAAAUGGAGCUUGUGACAGAGUUGUUUCUAAACUAGCCUGUAACAGUCUGGCAGCAUCUAACCGAUCAAGCAGCAUCGCUUCCAUUCCGAAACUGGGAAGCAACUGUUUGUUUCAUUGGUUCAGUUAGUAUAAUUUAAACCCAGGAUAAAUCAAUCCUGGAGGUUCUGUCCAGCUCUGGGCUAGAGCAUUACCUUUCCUUCCAUUGAACCUCCUUGUAUUUUGCUCUGUCUGUCUGUUGCUCUUCGCAUGGUGCUUAAGUGCCCCGACGCGUUCUUCCUUCGUGCGGGUAGGCUGGUGUCACUGGGUACCUGCUGCUGGGUGGGUUUUGAGUCCUGUUUUCCUCUGUUUGCAGGAAUCUAAACAAAAGAACUGGAAACAGGCAUGUACAAAAUGCUGCCAUAAAACAUGUGGGAAAAGUAGUCAUGCAAGCUUGUUCUUGUACUGUCUCAUACUUGAGAAGUGCUAAGAAAAACCUUGAGACUUCUUUUCAUUGUUCAAAAGAUGCAGUUUUGACUUAGACUUCUGGAGCAAACAAAUGGAAGAUGAUAGCACACACAGGCCACAUACCAUCUGCACCAAGGCUGUGUUUGUGAAAGGAAGCAGAUUAUAACAUACAACCAUUUUAGAUGCAGCACUUCUGUCUUAAUUGGAGGCCAGAUUAGAAAAAGUGCAAGAGGAAAACUAAAUUGGACAUUUUAACGUUUAGUUUAGAUUAAAAUGGUAAGUGUGCAGCAAUACUGCUUAAAAAAAAAAUUAACUCUCGUCAGUAAAAUAAUUCCAGCAUUUCUAGUAACAAGGCUCCCCAAAAAGCCGCCUCAAAAUUCAAAGAGCCUGCUCCAAAUUCUCUCUGGGGAGAAAUCCAGUUGUUUCUGUAGGGAAAAGGAACAAGUCUGUGAUUUUUGCUUUGUAGAUCUCCCACAGCAGACAAGAACUCAGAAUGUCUGUAUUAUGUUAACAGCAGAAUACAGUUUUAUUUAGCAGCGGACUGAGAAUGAAGUCUCCCCUCCCGAAGAGCAGGUGCCCAUUGGUGUGGCUUGUUAGUCAGCUUUGACCUUUGCAUCUACAGCGAAUAUGGGCAUCCAUCUCAGCACCUGCUUGUUAGUUCAGCUAAAAUGUUAAAUUAUUUUUAGUAAAUAAGUGUUGAAUGUUUCAGAGAGAUAACCAGUGCAUUUGUGUACAGCGCUGUGAUACUUGGAUCUCAGAAGAGCUGUACAGAAGUGAUCUUCACAUUUGGAAGUCAAUAGUGUUUUAUUUGCCUAUUAACUAAGACUCACACAAAUACUGAACCUUCUCAGACAUUUAUUCUCUGAUUAUAUUUUUAUACUAAUUAAUUGAAAUCUUUAAUGUUUCAGUAAAUGGAGUGCUGAUUAGAAAGGCAGGAAAAUCCAGGAUCUUCCUCUUUGUAUUUACUGUACAGGAAAGCAGUAGUUCCUUAAGUUUGCUAACAAGGCAUUUUAAAAACUGUUUGUGUUUACAGAAGAAAUGUGAAAAACCCUGUGAUAGAAAUACUAAUGUAUACAUUGUUAAACUUUGCUAAAGGAGACAGAACAGUAUUUAUAACUACCAAACAUCUUUUAUGCAGUAAGCAGGUGGUGUAUUGGGGCUAAACUUGUUUAAUUUUUCUAACAGUCUUUAUUUUGGACAAAAGUUUUUUUUAAGAACACCAAAUGAUGCAUGUUCUCAUAUUUUUUACUGUUCUUUAGAACUGGCUGUUUAAUAAAGUAAUAUGAAGUCAUUUACA